AAAAUUGUGGCGCAGAGAAAACAGAUUCUCCGCUGCCCCUCCCGUCCGUCGGCCGAUCCCAUCCAGCGUCCGACGUACAGCGAGAGCCUCGUGUCGCCCUCUCUAUCUACCUUGUAAUUAGGAUAUCUUCGCGCGCCGUCACAGCGUCGUCGAAGCCUUCAACCAGUACGUGUAGUUUGAUCCGCGACCCAUCAUGGUAUGGACGUGUGACAAGUGCGAGUACUCGAAAAACGACGAUGGCGCCCCAGCCUGCGUCGCAUGCACAUCGCUGUCGUCGGUGCGAUCCACGUCGACGUCGGUCAUGUCGCGCGUGAGCUCCUUUGUGGCAACUUCGUCCAACAACCCAGAACACGACUUCGCGAAGGUGAUCGUGAUCGAACUGCCCGCGAAACAGAAGCUCGGCGUCAAGCUGAUGCCGCCGAAGGGCGGCGUGAUUGACAAAGGCCUGAGCAUCGACAACAUCGACAACCCGAUCUUGGACGGAAAGGUCGCGCCAGGUGACUUGAUUGUCGCGAUUGGCGGGCAGUCCGUGGACAGGCUCGGGUUUGGCGACGCCAUCGAAUUGAUCCGCAAGAUGCCGCGUCCGUUGGCCAUCUCGUUCGAGAUUGUGCAGUCCCGUCGGGAACGAGUGAUCCGAAAAAAACAGCGCGAAGAGUUGGAGUCCCAGGCCAUGGGCGGCGACGGCGGCGCGGAACUACCGACGUACGCCGUUGUGUUUGAAGAAGGCCCGAUGGGGCUCAACUUGGAGGACGCGACGCGCUUUGGCAUCGACGGCGCCGUGGUCAAAGCCGUCAAAGGCCAAGCGCAAGACAACGGGAUGAUUUCCAUCGGCGACAUUGUGUGCAACGUAAACGAGACGGAUGUGCUGUGCAUGAGCUACAACCACGUGAUGCAGCUCAUCCGGGACAGCAAGGUGCCCCGAACGGUGCAGUUCAUUCCAAAGGACCGCUUGGCCGACGUCCAGCGGCUCAACUCGUCGCGGCACUCGGAGCCGAGCAUCAAGGGCACGUCCGCGUCGUCCGCGUUUCCGCUCAAAGCCGGAGCGAAGCCAUACUCCUCCAAGUACGAAGCCAGCUCGCGCAUCGUGAAAGACGUGGAUGACGAGUCCAAGUCGAUCCAAGACAUCAUUCGCGACAACAGGAGCGCCACGAUCAAGAAGGGCAAGAUGUUCAAGCAAUCGCGCAUCGUCAAGCAGUGGAAGGCACGGUACUUUGUGCUGUCCGUGUCCAAGUUGGAGUACUUUAAGAGCCCGAGCUCAACGUCGUCCCGCGGCGAGCUCGAGUUUCUGCACCACCGAUGCACCGUGCGCGACAUGCCCUCCGUGUCCGACAUGAUCAGCAAGUCGCCCCCCGUGUCAGGGGCGUACCUCCUCGAAGUUCAAGCCGAUGAGAAGAAACUCAUCAUGGCGUGCACAUCCGAAACAGAGAAGAAGGCGUGGAUGGACGCGCUCAAGCUGGCCAUCGACGCCUCCCGCACCAUCUUUGCGCCGCGAUCGGCAUUCACGAGCGGCGACGGCAGCGGCCGGCUGUCCCAGUUCGACUACGACUCGUUCCCGACGCCCGUGCUGCAUGUGACCGUGGUCUCGGCCACAAACUUGGCCAAAGCUGGCAGUUCAGUGAAUGCCAUGUGUGAAGUCACGUUGAAUGCUGAAACGUUCAAGACGACUGUGAUCAAAAACCAGCGGUCCCCCGAGUGGAAGCAAGAUAACACGGUCACAUUUGAAGCCAACAAGGACGACAGCGUCCUCGAAGUCCGCGUGUACGACGAGCACGGGCUAUUCCGGUCGUCGGAGCUGCUAUCGACGCUCACCGUGUCGCUCAAGUCGCUCCCCAACAUGCAAAAGAUCCAAAAGGAGUUCCCGCUCGUGCUGGGCAACCGCGCGGCGGGGGCGGUGCUGUCGCUGGCGUUUGAGUACGUGAACAAGGCCAAGGAGCACCGCGAUAGGCACCGGUCGUCCAGCCGCGGCCAGCUCAUGGGUGGCGACAACGAGAUCGGAAAACUCAAGGCCGAGUCGCAGCAGGCGGCCGACGACGCCGUCCAGCAGGCGCGCGAGGCAGACGAAGAGGCCAAGCUGCUGUUGGCCGAAGCCAACGCCAAGGCGGAAAAGGCCGAGCUGGCCGCGCGCGCCGCCCGUGAAGAAGGACGCGCGGCGGUCGAAGCGGCGCUGCAAGAAGCCGACGAAGCCAAGAAGUUUGCCGAGCGUCAAGGCGAAGAAGCCAAGCGAAAGCUCGAAGAGGCCAAGGCGCUGAUCGCUGCCAACGAACGCAUCCAGGAAAAGACCAAGAGCUUGCCCAAUGUGCAGUACUCGGAGGCGUUUCUGCAGUACCGCAAGAUGCUGCUGGAAGGCACGUAUCGCGAAGACGACGUGCGCAAGCAAAUGAAGGGCGACGGCGUCGAAGAUGCGUCGAUCGAUGCAUUCUUUGCCGACUUGCAAGCGUCCGACUUAAAGAUCAAGGAGUUGCAAGCCGAGGUGGAGAAGCUCAAGAACGGCCGCAAGCACACGACAAACAACAACGGCGGCGGCGGCGGUGGCAGUCGCAACCACCAGUUUGUGGAGGAAAACCUGUCGAGUGACCAAGCGCUGCUGCUCCGUCGGCUGCUAAUUUUGGAGAAGCAACUGCAAAAGGCUGGGAUUGCCAUUGCCGAAGACAUUCCGUACGAAGAAGCCAAGGCCAAAGUCGACACGAUUGCCAAGCGCAUGGGCGAAAUCGGGUCGGCAGAUGUGACGCACCCAGACCCGGCAGUUCAAAAGCAACUGCGCGAAGAGUACUUCAAGCUCGAGCAGGACAUGGAAAAGUACAACACGGCGCUGAUGCUCACCGACGAGUUUGCGGCCGAAGAAGAGCGCAAGGAGCGCGAGUGGGAAGAGGAAAACUACGAAGAAAACUUGGCCGCGCUCAAGGCGAUCCGCCGCAUGAUGCCCGUGGACGUAGCCUCCCGAACCGAAGCGAUCCUGCAGUCGGAACCUGGCCCGAGCGGGCUCAAGAUGCCCCGCGAAAACGCCCUCAAGUUCAAGCGCACGAACGUGCUUCAGAUCCUGCGCAUCAACCCGGCAGACCUGGCGCGGUCCCAUCCGUCGGUGCUGGAAAACCUGCGCAUCACGGGGCUCAGUGUGACCGAGCGCCGCGCACUUCACGUGCACCUUAAGGACAUUGCCCUCCAGUGGGAAAGCCAAAAGGGCGAGGAGAUGGCGGCGCGGCGGUUGCAAUUUUUCAAAACGUUAAAGGACACGUUCAAGACUGUUGUGUCGUCGUACAAUCGCCACGUGGCGCAGUACGGGCCCAAGGGGCAGCAUCCGUACUUGACGCGCGGCGACGAGUCGGGCGUGGGGUGUCCGCUGUUGGGAAAGCAGUGUCCAUUGAAAGCGGAUGCGUCCCCGGCGUACGAUUUGGACCUGGGGUAUCCCGACGGCGACGUGUACGUCGUGUCCAAGGUGCAAAAGCCGCAAGCUGAAGACGCCGGGGCGAUGGCGUUGGCCGAAGCGAAGCGGCUGGUGGCGGAGAAGACGGCCAACGCCCGCGCCGACACGCUCAAAAAGCAUUACAAAAAUAUCAAGCUGGUCGCCGAAGCCAACGGCGUGUGCGAACGCCUCGACUCGGAAGUGGACAAGCUCGAGACUGAGCAAGCCGCGUGGUUCAAGCGCCGAUACACGCACGACCUCCAAGGCACUGCCAAUGCCACGACCGUUAAAGUCGAGCUAGCCGACUUUUUGACGUUUGUGAACGAGCUACGUUUGGCCACAACUAUGUUUUGCGACCGAUCGGGUAUGAACUUGACGGGGAAGCGUGACCCGGCCAACGAUAAGCCCGACUCGCGCAGUGUGGUCGAGUGUAGCCUCGCGAUUUCGUUUUGCGAUGCGGUGGUCGACUGCUUUGGUGGCAUCAUAUACCGCCUCGAACGCCUCAAGAUCCAAGAAAAGCGGCUGCAGAGCACGAUCCCGGCCAUCCAGGCCUUGGUCACGGAGCUUCGAGAGCGAAGUGUGGCCACCAUGGCCACGUUCCCCCCGCAUAAGAUCGCCAUGCGCAAGCUCAAGCUGCGCGCGGACGUGGAAAAGGAAGUCAAGGAACAAAUCAACGCCGAAACUGGUGGUGGGGGAGGGGCCGCCGCGACCCCCGCGACCCCCGCAGAUACCCCUGCCCGACCCCCGAACCCCAUGCUGGCCGGAAUCCGUGGGGGACGAACAGGCCGAGGUCGGGGCGGUCGGGGGGCUCCGUCCGGAAAUGACGAUGGACCCCCCCCCGCACGCCCCGACUUCUUGUCCAGUAUCCGUGGCCGAGGAGGCAGGGGCGGCGCGCCUCCACCCGGUGACGACGGACCCCCACCCGCUGGAGGACGCGGAGGAGACUUUCUAUCGGCCAUUCGAGGGCGAGGACGAGGCGGUGGGGACUUGCUCUCGGCCAUUCGAGGGCGUGGGGGUGGGGGCAGAGGAGAUUUAUUUGCCGCCAUUGCCAAUCGGAAACAGGCGGAAUAGAAGGAGCAUAAUAAAUCUAUAUACGGUGAGAACUUUCGCAUAUAACA